UAUCAAACAAAAACCUCCAAAAUUCUAUAGAACGUUGACGACGCGAAGAAAAAUGUGUUUCGUUAUAUUUUCCUGGUGAAAUUAUCAUCUUGUUUAUUCCAAUUUCCAAAAUUGGUCAAUUACAUUCCAGUAACAGCUUAUCCGGUCGUUCGGCACCGGAAAUGAACAACAAAUUUCAUUUACCCGACGAGCUAAAUAUGGCCGAAAACAGCAUGGAGAAAAAACAGGAGGCGCCGUGUACUGUUAUUGAUCCUUCUGAUGAAGAUCAAAAAGCGCCGGAUGAAAAAGCUGAACGUACGGAAGAUUCGAAUGCUAAAGAGAAUGCACAUACGGAAGAAUCGCAGGAUCAAGAAACAGAUCCACUCGCGGAAGACGAUGAUCUGGAUGUGAUCGAUUGUUACACGGAUGAUUUUGAUAGCGACAUGGAGAACGAUUACUGCAAAAAGGAGGCGAAAAAAGACAAGGACCGGAAGUCGAGAAAAAAGGAACAAUUUAACACCACUGAUACGGUGGAUCCAACCAGCACCGUUGAAACGGCGCAUCCGAUCAGCACCCUUAAGACGGCGAUUCAGACAAUGAAACAAAAUAAUGGAAACGAAGAGCGCGAUCCAUUAGAUGUUUCGCAAGAAAAAGAUCUUGACGAUGAGGUCGACGAAGACGUGAUUCAACUGUGCGAUGACAUUUCGGACACAUUUUUGGACGAGACGAGCAGCACUUCGGUAGCCAUCCCGGCCAAACCGGAAGUACCACCGACGAUUCAAAACAAAUCGGAAAAGGAUCGCAUUCUUAGCGAACCACUGGUCAAACAGAUGAUAGUUCCGGAGAUUUGCGUUUCGGACGAGGAAGACGAGAAGAUUUCCGUGGGCAGCCAGGAGUCGCUGAGUUUGCAAAUUGUUCACUGUUUGGAGAAAGCUGGAAAAGUGGUAGAUGAGGUGAGAAGAAAGUCUCACGAUAAUACAGCGGAUGGUACGGUGAAAAAAGCCUUGAACAGUAGCAACUGUAGCGAUAGCGGUCUUCAUGGAUGUCAUCAGGAGGAUCCUGAUGUUUUGAAGCUAAAAUUGGACCUUUACCAGGAUAUGGGUGGCAUGGACUAUGAGACGGAUGAUAAAACCGAUGAUUGCGAAAAGCUGCCAUCUGCCAGAAUCAAACAAGAGCCGUGUCCACAACCAAAUAGUCCCGAAGAAAUCCCUACCAUUGAACUGAGUUCGACAGAAGAUGAACCAGAACCAAUUUCUUACAAGCAAAUGGCAAAAUCGCCGCCAGUUGAGAAGCGUAAAAAACGAAAAUCCAAGAAGAAAGCAUCAAAAGAAUGCUCUGAAAUCAGAAUGGUUUCAUCGGAAGAUUCUUUCCCAAUAGUAGUAGAUUCAACAGUGUCGAUCGAUUCGCGUCGUACCAGGAACGAUUCAGAAGGAUCUUUGGACGAUUCUAUGAUCUACAGUGAUGGGCGAAUGAAGGCAUUGCGUAAUCGGACAGUUGCCAUCUUCCCUGAAUUUCCAUGUGGCAAAAAGACAAAGUACCAUCGAAGAUCCACUGAUACAGAUCCUUUGGAAGCACCAGUCAAGAAGAAGAAAAAGAUCGACCCCUCCAUGAUGGGCUAUCAUAAACGCCGCAAAACAACCCCGUAUCGAUCUGGUUCAAAAUGUAGUAUAAUUUCCGCUUCCACGACCACGUCUUCGAUUCCCGAUGAGGAUAUGAUUGUGUUAUCUGCAAAUGACGUGCUACUUGCAGAUCCAAUUCAAGCGGGAUUGACUAAAGAUAUUGAGAACAAUAAACUGCAGCAAGAGGAAACGAAUGACACAGCAGAUAUCAUGAAGGAUAAAUCAGUCAAUGACUCAAAAGAAGAAUUGAUGCAUUCCUUAGAUUUGAAAGAAACUAUUUCAAAGGAAUUUGAACAGGAUGCUCCAUCGAAUUCCGAGAAAAAUGAGUCUAACGAAAAUGAUUUUCCGAUACCCACAACCGAUAUUGCACUGGAAGAUAUGUUGGAUUCAUUUAUCGAUAAAGAACAAAAUGAUUGUGAUGCAGCUGUUGUAUUCCACUCUAUAUCCCCGGAGGAAAAGUUUCUGAUGGAUUCCUUGUUCGCAGACUGUGAAAAACAAACGCAACAGGCUCCCAGCCAUGAACACCUAGAGUCACUUAAUACCAUAAUGGAUGACGGAAAGCCCUUGGUGGAACCUUCGAGUGUUGAACAGUUUGCAAUCAGUUACACUAUUUGUGACGGUAGUGUUCAACCUGCAACUGUUCUUAUGCCACUGGACAACGUGGCACCAGUGGCAGGAAAUGCGCCUAAUACUAUUAAAGUUCCCAAAGCACCAAAUAUCAAAAUAAUACAAAACUAUCAAAAAUAUCCCUUCCAAGCGAAACCUCCCAAGAAGCAGCAGUCUAAAGCGACCAAUGCUAACGGCCAACCGCGCAGAGGAAGAGGUCGGAAGAAGCGGGAAGCCAAAGAUGGAACAGACGAGGAAUAUAUUCCUUCAAGUAGUCGCACGGGUAAACGCAAUUCGAAAGCACAAAAGUCCAGAAAGAACAAUCCUACGGCGACGAAACAUCCAGUCGCGGCAAACAGCAAUCAUGAAGAGGAGCCCAACGCUGAUUACCAACGUUACAGACAAGAAAACUUUCAUCAGCCUCAGUCAGGGAAUCACCACGAUCUGAAAUUCGACAACGGGGAAGAUGAUGAUGAUGGAACGGGCACGACAUCAACAGCAUGUCGUAACAUGCCAACCCUGGAGAUGGACCUGGCCUUGACCAGCUCGGAUGAAUCAUUCGGCACGAUCAGCAAGGAACUUAUUGCCACAUCGACGUCCAAAAUAAGUUCUUCCAGUCAUGAGGAUGGUACGAACAUUGGAAAGCUACAGCAAGUCCAGCCAACAUCACAAUGCGUAGAGAAAGGCGUUUUGGGUAGUAGAGCGUUCACCAGAGAAAAGCCGCUUGGUGUUUUACCAAAGCGAGGUCGUCCCAAAACCAGUAAAAACCAGAAAAUUUCCGAUUUCUACGAUCCCGUCGGCAAUCGCAAGUACACAAAAGCCCAAGAUGUCUCCAAAGAGUCCCCAACGAAACAGUUGCUGGAUAAAGGGAUUAAUGUGAGCAAAAAGACUGCCCUGAAGCGGAAGCUUAGACGUUUAUUCAGCAGCAGUGAGGAUGAGGCCGGUCCAUUAAGCCACUAUUCCGCCACAGAAAUGUAUCCAGAUCUACAACCGAGCGCGUCUUCCUUUGGAUCAGUUAUUGAACCAACCUACGAGGAUAAUCAGUUGGAUAAAACUCAAGCCGCUGCCGACAAGAUGGAUAGUCUACAAGUUGUAAUAUCACCGCUUACCGAAGAUAAGAUACGCAAAAUCAACACGCCACAAAAGAAGCCUAAAGCGCUGGCGAAGGCUAGUCAAACGGAAAUCUCCGGUCUGACAUGGUCCGUCGAUCUCGCUCAGAUAGAUUUUCAAUCUGAAUACUUUGAAAAACUGCGGAUCCUGUUGAACAAUGGUGCAGUUCGAAAUGUUAUGCGUGGAACAAAAACAGAAAGGCAUAAAAAGUCUGGCUUGCGCGAAAUUGAAUCGUCUACCAGUGUACGCUCGUUCAACGGCGUGGACAUGCCAUGCCGUUCAAUUUUGCAGGGGUGUCUCGAUUCAACAUCUCCGGCGCAACCCCCGUCUAUUCCGGAUGGAUACAACCGGAGUUCUACCGAGGACUUGCUAUUCCAACGUGCACUUGAUGAAGUCGAUACAGGAACUAGCCAUACAGAGGACCGUUCGGCAGUUAAAAGAUUGGAGCGAGUAGUUAAUACCGUACGAACAAGUUUCCGUAUACCGAAAUUGAAUAAGCAAGCAUCAACAUCACCACAAGUGGUGACAUCGUCUACUUCACAUGUAGCUGAACGAGCUACAGAUGAUAUGGUUGUCGAGGAGCUACCAUCGACGUCCCGGUCUGCAGAUCAACUGCAACAGAACAACAGGCCAUUCGGCAGUUUGAGGUUGCCAUGUGGUGCUGGAGUAGUGCAAAGAACAAUUUCUAAUGAGUAUGUCAAUGAUCAAAGUGGGUAUCAGGAAAACAGCGAUACUAUUUCACGUCAAGACCAUCAAGAAAUGAGACAAAGCAUCAUGAUGCAAGAAAGAUUUGAGGCACCCUCAAUACGGAGUGGCAACUCUGGUCGAAACAGUCCACAGAUUUUUGAAAAUUCUCUAAGUUCCGGCUAUGUGCCACCGUCAAAUGCUGUGAAUGGACCACAAGCAAACGGACACCCCUCCUCUAAUCAGGAAGCCAGGUCAGUUUCUGUUCCGAGUUCUUUGGAAAACCGAUCGGGUCUUCCGAGCCAAGCAGAGCUUAUGAACGUCAGGCGAACAAUUCGCAAUGACAUGUCACAGCCGCAACAAUUAGCAAUGCCUGGACUGCCACAACCUUUUGCCCAAUCAUGCUUCGUUCCGGAUGUGAAAUAUAAUGCUAGCCAGCAGCAAAAUCUUGGUUCGAUGUUUGGGAAUUUUCAACAAGCGCCGUUUGCCGCCAGUAGUAACAUGUUCAACAGAGGAUCUCUUUUUGGCUAUCCGGGUAUGGAUAUGAUGUCAAUGAACGGCUAUAACGUAGGCAUGCAGCAACCCCAGAAUAGAGGAAACGCCUCUAAUAAUUUCACUGAUUUCUUAUCUAUGAUAUUGGAACAACUGAAACAGCAACAGCAGAUUCCCAUGCAGCCACCAUACGUUCAACCACCGAUAAAUCCGCCGGCUGUACCUAUUCAAAAUAUCCAAAACAUGUUAGUUCAGAGUGGCUCUAAUCCAAUGUCUGGAUUCAAUCAAUUGUAUCCACAAGUGAGCCAAAAUCCAAUGCAGUCAUCGGCUCCCCCAGCUGAACCACAAAGGGCCAAUGACCAGGUAGAAAUGAUAUGCUCCAUAUUUGGGUGUAUUGAUUUCCUCACUGAUAAAUGCAUCAAAACUCAUUGUCGGUAUUCACACAGUUUACCGAGAGAGGAAGACUUAUUCCAGAAGCUCUCUGUACAAAGCCGCGACGCUAUUAUGGCGGCCUAUCGAUUUGUUGCUGGCAGGGACGAUAUAUUCGUCAAGUACUUCCCGGUUUUCGCUACAGUGAUGGGCCGAAACAACAUGCGCCAUCAACUUGUGAACACAAUUGGCGAUUGCGAGCAGUCCAAGCGCCCAAUUCAGUACUACAGAUACAUCGUGGAAGGACUUAAAAUAAGUGGCACUAGUCCGGUACAAGCCGUGCAGAUAAUCUUGGAGAAACAUACCAAGAAAAGUUUCCAUCAAAUAAACGUUCUGAUCGAGCUUAUCAUAGAUACCGCUGAAGGUAUCAUCACAUUUCUUCGCACGCUGGAGGAGUUUUCCCACGUGAAGGAUUAUCACUACGAGAUUGUUUCCAUCAAUCGCUUGCUCGAGUUCUGUGUAAUCUCUAUGUCACCGGUCAAUGAGCUGGCCGCAUUCGUGUGCAAGCUGAUGUUGCGGGUUUCCGUUGGGGAGGAGCAUCUCGUAAAUACCAGAGUCCUACUAGAGUUUAUUCAGAAGGUACGUCUUGACCCGUCAUUGGCACUGGACAUAGAAGACAUCGUUAAAAAAUACGGUAGUGUUGUGAUGAGGCCGUAGUUGUAAGCUACAAACAGUAAUUUUGUUAUUAGAACCGAUAGAUCGGUUUCAUGUUAAGUUGUUUUGUUUUGCCUCUGGAGUGAAUGUUUUUUUUUUUUUUUGAAACACAUGACUAGAAGUCUACAUUUCAUUCGAUUUCUUAUUCACCCAUUAUCUAUUAAUUUGUAAGGCUGAAAUUAAGAUGUUGAUUAUUUUGUUGCAAUAUCAAAAUUAGGAAUAAAGCGAUUAUUCCAUCUUAA